AUGGAUUACAAGAGUGAUCGUGAGAAGCUACCAGGCGAUGGGUCUCCUCUUGAGCAACCUGGAAGUCACCACGAGGCAGAAUCGUCCGAGCUCAACGAUGAUCGCAAUGGACAGUUCCAUAGAUCUUUCACCCCUCGUCAAGUACACAUUAUCUCCCUCGGUUCGAACAUCGGAAGUGGUGUGUUCAUCGGAACAGGUAGCGCUCUUGCUGGUGGCGGCCCUGGAAACAUGAUUAUCGCAUACGCCCUGGUAUGCUCCUGUGUUUGGGCUGUCCUACAGACUCUUUCCGAGAUGACUAUUGCCUUCCCAACCUCUGGUAACUUCAUCGACUAUGCUGGACGUUGGGUCGACCCAGCUUUGGCCUUCGGUGCCGGAUUUGCGGAGUGGCUAGGUUGGACUGCUAUUAUUGCGGCCGAGGCCGUAUUUUGUGAUAUCCUCAUAAAUUUCUGGGCAGAUGGUGCUAUUCCACCAGCCGCUGUUUAUACCAUUUUCCUAGCCGCAACCUUCGUCAUAUUCCUUCUUCCCAACACGAUCUUUGCUUGGUUUGAGUACGUCACUUCGCUUAUCAAGAUAUUCUUGUUUCUUAUAAUCAUAUUUCUAUCCCUUGCUCUUGUCUGUGGUGCCGGACCCAAUGGUUUUGUCCACUCGGGUAGUACUUGGACAGACUUGAAUGCGUUCAAGAAUGGCUUCUCGGGCUUUGCAAAUGCAGCAUUACUAGCCACCUGGGCUGUCGGUGAUCAGGUCUUCAUUGGUAUCAUGGGCGGAGAAGCCAAAAGCCCAAGACACGCUUUGGGUCACGCUACCAAGCUUGUUCCGUACCGUGUAGGAAUUGUGUAUAUGCUGAGUGUGAUGUUCAUCACUCUGCUUGUCCGUUCUGACGACGAGCGACUGCUUGGUGGAUCAGGCGUUACCGCCUCUCCCUUUGUCAUUGCCACACUUGACUCUGGGAUUGCCGUCAUCUCGGACAUUCUGAAUGCUGGAAUGAUUGUAGGUAUCUUGGCAAUCUCUGCCGAGGCUGUCUACUUGUCUUCGCGUGUGCUCCGCACUAUGGCACAUCAGAAGCUGGUACCUGAGUUUAUUGCCAAGGUCGAUAGCCAAGGUCGUCCACGUUGGGCCCUUGCUAUCACAUGCGGAGUAGGCGUCAUACUCACAUACAUCAACUUGGCGGCUGGCGGACGUACAGCCUUCACUUGGCUUAUCUCCAUUACAAGUGCCUCGUUCUUUUGUAUGUGGAUCAUCAUCGCGUUCACAUCCUUCCGAUUCCAUCGUGCGCUCAAGCUACAGAACGACCCUCUUUUUAGAGAGCCAUACGCUUGGAAGUCUGUUGGCUGGCCGCUGGCUCCUACCUGGCUCCUCGCCAUUUGUGUGUUACUUACUGUUAGUUGCUUUGCCAUCGGAAUCAAGCCUCUGGGCGGUGGAGGCUUUACUCCCAACAACUUCUUCCAGUACAUCAUCGGCAUUCUUAUCAUCGUGGGUUUUACAGUCGGGUAUAAGAUAAUCAUGCGCACGCCGUGGCGUGAUCUUGCUACUGCCGAUUUGAGGACAGGAAGACGCCAUCUUAGCGUUGAAGAGAUCAAUCAGCUGGACGCUUACUACUCGAUGUCCAAGUGGAGGCGCUUUGGAACCUACGUCCAGCUUUGGUGA